AUGCAUAUCGAAACAAGCAUCAACGCGAUGCAUCGCCCGCCGCCCGUGGAGGUAUCACCGUCGAACCCGAAGGUGUCUGCAGCACGACGGCACGCGCCUUCCGUCGCGGGUGGGCAACAUCAUCACCGCGGGCAGCGCAAGGGGUUGUCUGUGAGCGGCCAGCCGCAGAGCCGCUGGAUGCGCCUGCGCUCCUUCAUGUUUGGCCGGGAGGAGUUCGUGGACUUCGACAGCGCAUUCGCAAGUCCGACGGACCCGGCAAAGGUCACCGACUCGCAGCGACGCACAGCACGGAUGAUCGAGCGUCUGCCGCUCCCCAGCUGGGUGAAGCACAACCUCUUCGAUGUAGUCGACUUUCUGACACGCAGGCGGGUGCAUCUUGUGCUGAUUCUCGCAGUGUUCAUGUUUGUGAUUGCGCCAGAAGGCGUGAUGGAGGACGUCGCCGGCUCCUUCACGGUCGAUGAGGACGCGCGACCGGGACUCACUUUCUUCAAGAAGUACAACAGGGGCGACACAUACUUGCCGCGGCGGCACCCCGUCGUCAUUAUGCCGGGCUUCAUCACCGGCGCGCUUGAGGUGUGGGAAACCUCUCUGCCAUGUGCGCGGCAGAAGUCCUUCUUCUCGGGGUUUCGGCAGCGCAUGUUUGGACCGCAGAUGAUCUACCUCAUCCUGUCCGACCCGCAGUGCUGGCUGGACAUGUUCAGCAUGAACAAGAAAACCGGGAUGGACCGCAACGACACGAAGGUGCGCGCCGACUCUGGCUUCGCCUCGGUGGACUACUUUGUCCCUGGCUACUGGGUGUGGGCGAAGGUGCUCAUCAACCUCGCGGACAUCGGUUACGACCCGCAAAGCAUGGCGGUCGUGACAUACGACUGGCGCCUCUCCCCUGAUAAGGCGCACGAGCGCGACGGGUUCUUUUACCAGGUGCGCAACAGCCUGCACUUUCUGUGCCGGAGGAACCGGAAGCGGGCGGUGGUAAUCUCGCACAGCUACGGCGCGACCGUCGCUCUGGCCUUCUUCCGGUGGGCAGAGCAGCGCGAGGGCGGCUUUAUGGACCGCCACGUUGCCUACUACGUGAACGUAGGCGGCGUUGCAAUGGGCGUCGGCAAGGCUGCCUCAGCGCUGCUGCUCGGCGACGCAAGGGACACGCUCAACAUUCAGUGGGCGGCCAGGAAAAUGUUGGACACCUUUAUCAGCCAGGAGGCCCGCUAUGGCUUGUCGCGGUCGUGGAGCUGCCUGGUGUCGAUGCUGCCGCGUGGUUGCGAGGAGGCGUGGCCGGGGCUCACGGUGCUGCCUAACGGCACCGCUCUCGGCACUCGCGGCACGGCGGAACUAAUCCGCGGUGGAUGCCAGCGCUCCGGCCACGAGGACUGCGUUCGUCAGAUCGACUCCUUCUUGGAGACCAUCGACGAGUUGCCCUCACUGCCGCAGGCACCACACACAACGGUGGUGUGCCUGUACGGCGUCGGCUUGCCAGCGGAGGCAGGUUACUAUCUCAUGUGGAACCCAGACGAGGCGAACACCGAAACCCCGUACGUAGGCAACAGCUCCGUCUUUAACAACAACACUUCACAUGGCGUGCGCAUGUCGGACGGCGAUGAUACGGUGCCGCUCAUGUCGCUCGCGUACAUGUGUCGCGCCGUGAACGGGUGGGGACGCAAUGUGGGACGCGUCGUGACGCGGGAGUUCAACCACAGCGUCAGUGGUGCCUCGUCCUUGAAACUACGCGGUGGUAAACUGAGUGCCAAGCAUGUCGACAUUCUUGGCAACUACGAGAUGCUCGAGAUAAUCUUGAAGAUCGCCAGCGGCAUCGACGAGGAGGGUGUCGAGAAGCCUGAGACUGACGAGUUCAGCUACACAAACGCGGACACCGGCGAGACCUCUACGCUGCAGCGCCGUGUGCACGACCGCAUCUACUCCGACGUGGACUUCAUUAUCCGCAGCAACCUGCGCAGCUGCCUGCGCAAGAAGAACAAGCCGAUCAAACCUAUCGAAGGCUACGAGGAUGACGACGAAUCUGUGUGGAGUGGCACUUCGAAGUCGUCGUGGCAACGACGGUAG